UAGCUGGUCAUGUGACGGGGAUGUCAGACUCCCUGCCUGUGGCUGGAGGAUCCCUGUGCCUGGCAUAGAAGACAUGCCCUGAGAUCACCCGGAUCACAAGAAUCUACUCCGCCAACAAACUGUUUUGUUACUAAAAGCAAGUAAAAUGGUUGAUUUCCUGGCAGAGAAUAAUCAUUGCGGGCAGGCAAUUCUACGGAUUGUGUCCCGUGGUAAUGCAAUCAUUGCAGAACUAUUAAGACUUUCAGAAUUCGUUCCUGGUGUGUUCAAGCUUAAAGACAAAGCAGAUCAACAAAAAUAUGGAGAAAUUAUAUUUGAUUUCAGUUACUUUAAGGGGCCUGAGACUUGCGAAGGACGUCUGGAAGCCAAACCAGAACUCCAAGAUCUGGAUGAGGAAUUCCGGGAGAACAACAUAGAAAUAUUAACAAGAUUUUAUUUGGCUUUUGAGAGUGUACACAAGUAUAUUCUAGAUUUAAACCGGUAUUUAGAAGACCUUAAUGAAGGAAUUUAUAUUCAACAAACAUUGGAAACUGUGCUUCUUAAUGAAGAUGGGAAACAACUUCUAUGUGAAGCUCUUUACCUGUAUGGUGUGAUGUUGUUGGUAAUUGAUCAAAAAAUCGAAGGGGAGGUGCGAGAGAGAAUGCUGGUUUCAUACUACAGAUACAGUGGUGCAAGAUCGUCUGCUGACUCCAACAUGGAUGAUAUUUGCAAGCUUCUGCGGAGUACAGGCUAUUCCAGUCAGCCAGGGUCUAAAAGGCCCCCCAACUACCCAGAGAGCUACUUCAAUCGGGUGCCAAUUAGUGAAACCUUUAUCAGCAUGGUGAUUGGAAGACUGAGGUCAGAUGAUAUCUACAACCAGGUUUCGGCUUAUCCUUUGCCAGAGCACCGUAGCACAGCCCUCGCCACACAGGCCGCCAUCUUGUAUGUGGUCCUAUACUUCCAUCCAGCGACACUCCACACUCACCAAGCCAAGAUGAGAGAAAUCGUGGAUAAAUAUUUCCCGGAUAACUGGGUCAUUAGUAUUUACAUGGGUAUCACGGUGAACUUAAUGGAGGCCUGGGAACCAUACAAAGCUGCCAAAACUGCUUUAAAUUACACAUUGGAUCUGCCGAACAUUAAGGAACAGGCCUCGAGAUAUGCACAUCUAAUCGAGCGCCUGCACCAUCAGGUCCAACAGUUUCUGAAGGAGGGAUUCCUCAGAGAGGAGUUUGUACUCGACAAUAUUCCUAAACUCCUAAACUGCCUCCGCGACUGCAAUGUGACCAUUCGAUGGCUGAUGCUGCACACUGCAGAUUCUGCUUACGAUGUAAACAACAAACGCCUUCGCCAAGUGAAAGACCAAGUUCUGACGGACUCAAAGUACAAUUCCAAAAUGCUGUUCCAGUUACUACUUGACACGGCCCAGUUUGAAUUCAUUCUAAAGGAGAUGUUUAAACAAAUGCUAUCAGAAAAGCAAAGCAAAUGGGAGACCUUCAAGAAGGAAGGCUCUGAAAGAAUGACCGAACUUGCAGACGUCUUCUCUGGAGUUAAACCUCUCACCAGGGUGGAGAAAAAUGAAAACCUGCAAGCCUGGUUCAGGGAGAUAUCCAAACAAAUACAGUCCUUAAAUUACGAAGACUCAACUGCUGCAGGAAGAAAAACUGUACAGCUCAUCCAAGCCCUCGAAGAGGUCCAGGAGUUCCACCAGCUGGAGAGCAAUCUUCAAGUAUGCCAGUUCCUGGCAGACACUCGGAAGUUCCUGCAUCAGAUGAUCCGGACGAUAAACAUCAAAGAGGAAUUCCUGAUCACAAUGCAGAUUGUGGGCGACCUUUCCUACGCCUGGCAACUAAUUGACAGUUUUACAUCAAUUAUGCAAGAGAGCAUUCGGGCCAAUCCUUCAAUGGUCACCAAGCUGAGAGCUACAUUCCUGAAGUUGGCAUCGGCCCUUGAUUUGCCUUUACUCCGUAUUAAUCAGGCAAACAGCCCUGACCUUCUCAGUGUAUCUCAGUACUACUCUGGAGAACUGGUUUCAUACGUCAGAAAGGUAUUGCAGAUAAUUCCAGAAAGCAUGUUUACUUCAUUGGCCAAGAUUAUCAAACUUCAAACGCACGAUAUUGUGGAAGUGCCAACGCGUUUAGACAAAGAUAAACUGAGAGAUUACGCACAACUUGGUGCCCGAUAUGAGGUUGCCAAAUUGACCAAUGCUAUUUCCAUAUUUACGGAAGGCAUUCUAAUGAUGAAGACCACACUGGUUGGAAUAAUAAAAGUGGACCCAAAACAGCUUCUGGAAGAUGGGAUACGAAAGGAACUGGUUAAAAGAGUUGCUUUGGCACUUCACAAGGGACUUAUCUUUAACCCCCGAGCCAAGCCCAGUGAACUGCUUCCGAAGCUGAAGGAAAUGGCCGCCACCAUGGAUGGCUUCCAUCGCUCCUUUGAGUACAUCCAGGAUUAUGUCAGCAUCUAUGGACUGAAGAUAUGGCAGGAAGAAGUGUCCCGUAUUGUUAACUACAACGUAGAACAGGAAUGUAACAACUUCCUCAGAACAAAGAUUCAAGAUUGGCAAAGUAUGUAUCAGUCAACACACAUUCCCAUUCCUAAAUUUCCUCCGGUGGAUGAAUCUGUGACAUUCAUCGGAAGGCUGUGCCGAGAAAUAUUACGAAUUACGGAUCCAAAGGUAACAUGUUACAUAGACCAGAUGAAUACAUGGUACGACUUGAAAACUCACCAGGAAGUUACCAAUAACCACCUAUUCUCUGAGAUCCAGGAUUCCCUUGGAACCUUUGGGUUGAACGGUUUGGACAGAUUACUCUGCUUCAUGAUCGUGAAAGAACUGCAGAACUUUAUCAGGUUAUAUCAGCGGCUGAUUUUGAAGGACAAAAUUACCCAGGAGACAUUGAGAGCGUUACAGAAAGUCGUCAGCCCGCUGAAAGGUGUUAUAGCCAAUUCUUCCAAAAUCUACUCUUCGGCUAUUGCAAAAACCCAAAAAAUCUGGAUGGUUUAUCUUGAUGCUAUAAUGAAGGUUGGUCAGAUGCAGAUUUUAAGGCGACAGAUUGCAAAUGAGUUAAAUUACUCUUGUAAAUUCGACUCCAAGCACCUGGCAGCGGCUCUGGAAAACUUCAAUGAAGCCCUUUUAGCUGAUAUUGAAGCCCAUUACCAGGAUCCAUCUCUGCCUUGCCCAAAAGAGGAUAACACUCUUCUGUAUGAAAUCACUGCAUACCUGGAGGCAGCUGGCACCCAUAACCCUCUCAAUAAAAUUUAUAUUACCACAAAACAGCUGUCUUUUUUCCCUGUUGUAAACUUCUUAUUUCUGAUUGCUCAACUUCCAAAGCUACAAUACAACAAGAAUCUCGGAAUGACCUGUCGGAAACCAGCAGACCCGGUGGAUUGGCCGCCUCUAGUUUUGGGCAUGCUAACUCUGCUUAAACAGUUUCAUUCUCGCUACACCGAACAGUUCCUUGCCCUCAUAGGGCAGUUUAUCCGUUCUUCUAUGGAACAAACUACGAGCCAGAAGAUCCCUGAAAUGCCAGCAGAUGUCAUAGGUGCACUUAUGUUCCUUGAAGAUUACGUUCACUUUGCCAAUUUGCCUCGAAGGGUUGUCGAAGCACAUGUGCCUAAUUUAAUUUUUGAUGAGUUUAGGACCAUCCUGUGAGCAUCAUUUGGUUUUAGAAGAACACCCGUUUCCAAGACCCCAGAAGUAAAGCUGUGUCUCAUUGGGAGUUGUGAUUAUAUGACAUCUCUUUGGAAUGUUACGUUAGUGACUGUUCCGACAUGAUCUAUACUGCCCUCUAGCAGCUAUACGUAGUGCUACAGUUAUACUAUAGCUGACACAGAUCCAUUAGGGCACGUGGAGAGUAGCAUUUAUCAUGACUUUUCUCAUGUUUAGUGUAGGUGUUACAUAAAAACCUUAAUGAACUAAAUAUAUCAAAUAUAAAAACAUUUCCAUAAUACAAAUUAAAAUGUAAUAACUUUGUCUUCAGUUGUUUUGGUUAUACUACUUGUAUAAAGUCAUUUGAACUGCCAUUUUACCAAGUAUCCAUGUAAAUCUUGUAUAGGGACCACUGUGUGCUUCAUAGUGGGCCAGCACUAUCAAAAGGCAAAUAAGACAUUUAUGUAGAGUAUUAACACAAAGGUGGUGCUGUGUAGCCCCAUAAGCUGGUAGACAGAUGGAAAGAUCUCCCUCACUGAGAAACCAGAGUCAUUCAGUAGUAUUGGACUGGAGGGAGCAUUCACAGUGACCUGCACACACCAGAGAUGCAGACUACAAGCUCCCUUCAAAGGAUCAUGGGAUACCUCCGCCUGGACCACUAGAGAUCCUAUCACAUUCCCCUUCCUGAUGGAAGGAAUGGCUAAUUACAAAAAUUGUGUGGUGAGGCUGGAAGUACAACACCUCCUACAGCCAUUCUCCAUUCACAACAAGUCCACACCUACCACACAUACGGUCUUCCCAUUCACAUAACUCUACACACAAAGAAUCAAGAGAGUUCAGUGAUUGCAAUGACAAUAGUUGGGAAAAUUCAGCAAAUGGGAUGGCAGCUGUGAAGACCAGGAAAUAAGGAGUUCAUGAAUUAGGAAUUUCGAAUUGCCUCCAUAUUUGAUCCCUCACUGAUUUUCUUUUGCUGUCCAUAUGAGUGACAAAAAAAUCUAGUCAAGGUUUAUGCAAACCAAACUACAUAAUUUAUCAUGGUAGAUUUUUUUUCUCCUGCCGGCACUAUAACCAUUUCCUCUUAUUGAAUUGGUUAUAGAGCCAGGAGUCCACUUGCCUUGUCU